UAAAAAAAAAAAAAAAAAUCAUAUUCCCUCCCUUAUCACUUCUCGAAACACUCCUCCUGCUACUCCCCCCUCAACCAUGUCCAUCACCUCCAAGUUCCUCCCUCUCCAUCUCUCUUUGCCAAACCCUAACCCUAAAUUCCCAUUUCCAACCCCCACUCUACGCCUCCUCUCUCAUCCCAAGCCCCUCACAAUCCGGUCCGCUAAAAAGAGGCAAAGAACCGGAAACUUGAGGUACCCAUCUGAAAAAAAGAAGCUCAAAUCGAAACAAAAGACCCAAAUUGACGAAGCCGACAAAUUUGAGGGGUUCUGGAGGCUGUACAAGCUCGAAGUCACUGUCCAUAGAGACCCUGGAAAGGAUUUUCUUGGCGUUUCGGAUGCUUUGCUUGAACAAAUUGCCAAAGCUCUCAAAUUUCCGGCUGCUUCUAUGUUGCCGCCAGAAGCAUUCUCAGUCGUUCGGAAAUCUUUUGAUGCAAGGAAGUUUCUGAAGGAGCCCAAAUUUGUAUAUACUGUAGAUAUGGACGUCAACAAACUCUUGAAUCUGGAACCUUGUACUUGGGACUUCAUUUUUGAACUGGAACCCAAAGUUGGGGAAAUAGAGCAUUUGCCUCAUGAAAGAGUUUCUGGUGAUGUAACCAGCAUAAUACAAAAUUAUAGAAGGAUCUAUAAUAGCACUGUUCCUAUAAAAGAUGGAAAUAAUCAACACAGUGAACCACACAAGCAUCCUACUACCAAAAAACCAAGAGUGGUAGUUGUAGGGAGCGGGCCGUCUGGUUUAUUUGCUUCUCUCGUGCUUGCCGAACUUGGAGCUGAUGUUACUCUACUUGAAAGAGGCCAAGCAGUUGAACAAAGGGGGCGUGAUAUUGGUGCUUUGGUAGUUCGGAAAAUUUUGCAACUCGAGAGCAAUUUUUGCUUUGGGGAGGGCGGUGCAGGUACUUGGAGCGAUGGAAAGCUAGUAACUCGAAUAGGAAGGAAUAGCAACAGUGUUCUGUCGGUUAUGAAAACUUUAGUCACUUUUGGAGCUCCAGAAAAUAUCUUGUUUGAUGGGAAGCCCCAUUUGGGAACUGACAGAUUGGUUCCACUAUUACGCAACUUUCGGCAGUAUCUGCAAAGAUUGGGGGUGGAUAUUAGGUUUGGGACAAGGGUAGAUGACUUGCUUGUGGAGAAUGGAAAUGUUGUGGGGGUCGAAGUUUGUGACUCGAGAAGCAACUUGAAGUUUAAUAGCCAGAAGUUGGGAUGUGAUGCAGCUGUACUAGCAGUUGGACAUUCUGCCCGUGAUAUAUAUCAAAUGCUUCUCUCUCAUGAUACGAUCCUGGUUCCUAAAGAAUUUGCUGUUGGUUUGCGUAUUGAGCAUCCUCAAGAACUAAUAAACGGCAUACAGUAUGCUGAAUUGGCUGUUGAAGUCCGCAGUGGGCGUGGGAGAAUACCCGUUGCUGAUUACAAAGUAGGCAAGUAUAUUAGUGGAGACGAUGCUGAUGAACACUUUGAUUCUGGACCUAUGAAGCGUAGUUGUUAUUCCUUCUGCAUGUGUCCUGGUGGGCAGGUUGUUCUCACUACUACAAAUACGUCAGAACUAUGUAUCAAUGGCAUGUCAUUCUCUCGACGUGCGUCUAAGUGGGCAAAUGCAGCCCUCGUUGUUACCGUCUCAUCUAAGGAUUUUGAGUCUCUAAAUUUCCAUGGACCUGUAGCAGGAGUUGAAUUUCAGAGAGAAUUUGAGAGAAGAGCGGCUACAAUGGGAGGGGGCAAUUUUCAGGUGCCUGUGCAAACAGUUACUGAUUUUCUGGAAAACAAGUUGUCGGGAGCAUCUAUACCACCCUCGAGUUAUCGACUGGGAGUUAAGGCAGCCAGCCUCCAUGAAUUGUUUCCAAGUUAUAUAACGGAGGCUUUACAAAGUUCAAUCUUGACGUUUGAGAAUGAGUUACCAGGAUUCAUCUCCAGCAAUGCUCUUCUUCAUGGGGUAGAGACAAGAACCAGUUCUCCUGUCAAAAUUCCCCGCAGCGCUGAGACAUACGAGUGCACAUCAUUAAAAGGACUCUACCCAAUUGGAGAAGGAGCAGGUUAUGCAGGUGGGAUUGUGAGCGCUGCUGUUGAUGGGAUGUAUGCUGGUUUUGCUUUGGCAAAAAGUCUAGACCUCUACCGGGGCAGCAUAGAGUCAGUUUUCGGCAAGGCUAAGAGUUCUGGAUUCACAAGUUACUAAUGGAUUUCGGCCAUUUCAUUCUUGUAUGUAGUUGGCAUAGAUUUUUGGUUGCCGAUUUUUUUUUUUUUCAAUUGAGAAAUUUUGCAUUCCGUUCAUAAUUUGUAUCAGCAACCUGUAAAAGGGAUUGUUAUAAAAAAAUGCCUCUCAAUUUUUAUCUUUUUA